UCGAGAGGUCCGGAGCCUUUGGAGAUGGUGAGAUUCUGCGAGAUUGUGUUCGGCAUCGACAACCACAAGACGUAGUGAUGGAUUUUUGAACGAAAAUGAUUCAGUGAACCAUAAUGGAAACAACUGUGAUUUUAUCAAGGACUUAUUCGUCGAGAAUCGUUCCCUUCAAAACGAACUUCCGAAGUCCCAGGCUAAAACUGAGACACAAGUCGAACAUGAACCUGAACUUCAGCCACACGCUAUCAAAAAUCGGGGCCCCAAACUACAACUUCUCCCAACCACUCGACGCGAAUAUCACAUACUGGAACCAAACUGACUUCUUUCACAAUUCGACCAACAGUUCCGAGUUCGAGUAUGACUACCAGGUGCUGAACAGUACCGUAGAAGAUGAAUCGUGGACCUCCUGCAAGGAAUGGACCCCUGCGCAACACACUCUGUUUCAAACCGCCAAUUUCUUCUUCGCUGCUGCCUUUCUCGUUCCGGGAAGCUUUAAACAAAGUGUUCUCUUAGUUAGGGCCCUAUUAUCAAUCGGAUAUUUUUUUCUCACGAUAUGGGGAGGAGUGGAAGUGUGCGCUCCAGAUAUCCUAUUGUGGAAUAUGGCAAUCGUGGUUCUGAAUGCAGGACACACCGCUCUGUUGACGUGGAAGUUUCUACCGCCUACGUUGACCUUGGAUUUGACAGAAUUGUAUCUCAAG